UUUGGUUUAAAUGAUUGUGCAAUUCUGUUCUGUACGAACUUUAUGAAUUAUCUGAUUGAAUUUCACCAUAGAAAAGGAUGUCAUAUGACCUAUUUAUUGCCAUUCGAAUAGGUACAAACUACACACACUGUGCAUGGGGAGACAAUUCGAAAAAGGACCCAACUUUGGUGCCUGUUCAGUCGGACAAUUCCGAUUCUACAAACAGAACAGAUAAUACUUCUGAUGAUACACCAAGCCUUGUCGUAUUUAGUUCUGACAUACGGUACCCUUACUUUGGAUAUGACGCACUCAGACGGAUAGAAGCUCAAGAUAAUGAGGAUUACAUUUUCCCAAAAAUUGUUAAAAAUCUCUUUUGCCGUAAUGACGAGAUUCCAAUUUUCAUACCGGCUAAAAAUGGCUUUGUUUUGUCAUCACAUGACAUCAUAGAGAAAGUUAUAAGAUACUUACUGAAUCAGAUAAAUUCGAAUGUUAGAGGAUCAAUACGCAGGCAGUUCAUCUUCACCGUACCAACCAUUUCAACGGAUGAGGCCUUUCCAUUUAUGAAAGAAUGCAUUGGAAAUAAUGGUAUACCCGAGGACCAAGCAGUGAUUAUUCCUGAGGCCGUGUCUGUCUUUCAAUACUGCAGAAUCCAUCAUAAUGUUUACAAAUCUCUAUCGGGUGAAAACGUGGAAGCCUUCUCUCCAGGGAAGCGAAGCGUGGUGCUGGAAUGCGAAGAUGAUUACAUGACAUUUUCUAUAUUGGAGCUAAUGGAUGACAAUUCGCUAGAACUGCUAUAUAGCCAUUCCGAGGACGUUCUCGUUUCAUAUCAAGUACAAGAGGAAUUUAAAAAUAUAAUAAGUAAAAUGUUUGGGAAAACUGUUUUUGAUGACUUUUACAGCCAGUGUCGAGCUGACUAUUUUCGCCUGUUCAGUGACUUUUGCAGGAAUAUGACCAAGGACUUGCAUGGCAAAGAACCACUUGUCAUUACAAUGCCUUCCUCUUUGUCAGCAUUGGUAACAGACAAAACCGGAAAAAGUAUUAAUCAAGCGAUUGAGCAGACCGAUAUUGCUCAAAAGAUUGCCUACACUUCAGGCAAGCUUAAGAUAGCACCAGAGAUAUAUCAGAGUUUAUUUUUAGAAGCCGCUACACAUACAGUAAAUCUCCUUCGGAAAGGUUUUCAACAAUCGGGAUCGGAGUACGUAGUAAAUAUCAUUCUCGCUGGAUAUUUCUCAAGAUCCACGAUUAUCCAAGACCACAUACGGAUGUCGUUCCCCUCCUAUCAACUUAUUGUGCCUAAGGACGGAGAUCUGGCUGUGGUGAAGGGAGCCGCAUUAUAUGGUCAAGCUCCAGUUACAUAUAGAAAGGCAAGUAAUAUAGUCUAAAGGGAGGCAACUAGGGCAUGUAUUGUAUGGCCAAGCUCCAGUUACAUAUAGAAAGGCAAGUAAUAUGGUCUAAAGGGAGGCAACUAGGGCAUGUAUUGUAUGGCCAAGCUCCAGUUACAUAUAGAAAGGCAAGUUAUAUGGUCUAAAGGGAGGCA